AUGGGUGCCGACGAUAAGUCCGCGUCGACCUUCAAGUACAAUGAGAAGCCCUUCUACACCACCUCCAAUGGCUGUCCCAUAAACAACCCCGAGGCCUUCCAACGUGUCGGCCAGAAUGGCCCGCUCUUGCUCCAGGACUUCCACUUGAUCGAUCUGCUGGCCCAUUUCGACCGUGAACGUAUCCCCGAGCGUGUGGUCCAUGCAAAGGGCGCCGGCGCAUAUGGCGAGUUCGAGGUCACCCACGACAUCAGCGAUAUCACCUCCGUCGAUAUGCUCAAUGGUGUUGGCAAAAAGACUCCUUGUGUGGUUCGUUUCUCGACCGUCGGCGGCGAGAAGGGUUCUGCAGACACAGCCCGCGAUCCUCGAGGAUUCGCCAUCAAAUUCUAUACGGAAGAGGGCAACUGGGACUGGGUGUACAAUAACACCCCCAUCUUCUUCAUCCGCGACCCAACGUUGUUCCCGCUCUUCAUUCACACCCAGAAGCGGAACCCCCAGACCAACCUGAAGGAUGCCACCAUGUUCUGGGAUUAUCUCUCAACCCACCAAGAGGCAGUCCACCAGCUCAUGCAUCUUUUCAGCGACCGUGGCACCCCAUACUCUUACCGUCACAUGAAUGGCUACUCGGGCCACACACAUAAGUUUGUGAAGGCAGAUGGCUCUUUCGUCUACAUCCAGAUCCACUUGAAGACCGAUCAGGGCAACAAGACCUUCACCAAUGAGGAGGCGGGCAAGAUGGCAUCUGAGAACCCAGACUGGAACACUCAAGAUCUCUUCGAGGCCAUUCAAAACGGCGAUCAUCCAUCAUGGACCGUCUACGUUCAAGUCCUGACUCAGGAGCAGGCGGAGAAGUUCCGCUGGAACAUCUUCGAUUUGACCAAGGUCUGGCCACAGAAGGAUGUCCCACUACGGCCCUUCGGCAAGAUGACUCUCAACAAGAACGUUGAGAACUACUUCGCCGAAAUUGAGCAGGUCGCUUUCUCGCCGUCCCAUUUGGUUCCGGGUGUUGAGCCAUCUGCUGACCCCGUUCUUCAAUCACGCCUUUUCUCUUACCCAGAUACCCACCGCCACCGCCUCGGAACCAACUACCAACAAAUCCCAGUUAACGCUCCUCUCAAGGCUUUCAACCCGUACCAACGUGAUGGCGCCAUGGCCGUUAACGGCAAUUACGGCGCGAAUCCCAACUACCCAUCUUCUUACCGUUCCUUAAGCUACAAGCCUUACAAGACCGUCAAUGAUCAUGAGAAGUGGGCUGGUGCUGCUGUCUCAUUCUUGUCCGAGGUCACCCCGGAUGAUUAUGUCCAGGCCAAGGGGCUCUGGGAUGUUCUCGGCAGGACCCCUGGUCAACAGGACAACUUUGUCACCAAUGUUUCUGUCCAUUUAUGCUCAGCAAAGGAGGAUACUCGUAAGCGCACUUAUGAAAUGUUUACAAAGGUCGAUCCCGGACUUGGUGCACGCAUCCAUGAUGCAACAGAGAAGAAUGCUCAACCUCCCGCCCAAUCUCGUCUUUAA